AAAAGCUUCUUCCUGAACUAUCAAAUCUCUCUAAAUAUUCAAAGCAAUCUUGAAUUUCGAUUAAUAAUCUCUAAUUAUUACCUCACUAAGUCAUCUCUCAUAUAAAUAAUGGCGACCCAAACAGAAAGCCGUUCUUUCACAGGACAAGAUAUUGUAUCUGGGCCAUUUGGUGGGCCUGGAGGGGAGCAUUACUCUGAACGGGGCGAGAACCUAACAGAAUUCCAUGCAUGGGGAACAAGUCGCGAUGGCUUCUUUGUCGUCAGUGCGAUACAAUUUUUCUGGGAUGGUAAACCUGGCAGGAUUGUCGGUACACCAGAUGACAAUCACUACAAGUCCAUUAGGUUUAACCAUGAUGAACGGAUCAAAAACAUGACUAUCCAUGCAGGACACGAGCAAGGUUAUGUUGAUAAUAUCACAUUUGAAACAAACCAAGGCCACAAAUUUGAAGUUGGUGGAAAUGGAGGUGAAGUACAUCCAAUUAAUGUUGGAUCUGGUCAUUGGCUUGGAGCUGAUGGAGGUGAUGAUUUUGGCGGUCUUCGAGGUGCCAAGGGAGUUGUGGAUCGUAUCCGGGUAUACUUUAGAUAGGCUGGGUGUUCAAAGUACGCAAUUACAUUCCUGGAGUUUCGGGGUUCUAUUUAUCUUUUUGCCAGGUGCCUUGGUAUAGGUUUUUCCCUACAAUGAUCAGGUUUUCCUAUACUGUGAUGCGAAUGCAAAGGCCGGGUAUAUUACAGAAUAACUACAUAAUC